UUACGUAUUGUAAUAUGACGACACGUCAAGUAUUACGUAUUGUAAUAUGACGACACCACAAGUAUUACGUAUUGUAAUAUGACGACACCACAAGUAUUACGUAUUGUAGUAUGACGUUUUUCAACUCUUCUCUACUGAUACCACCGGAAGUGGCCCACUCCCCACCCCGACUCCCGCCCCACACCACGUGCUGUCGACCGUUGCUAUGACAUCCUGCAUGCACAAAGCCGCGCCUUUGUCUGGGUGACGUCACGCCUCGCCAGUGUCCUUUGUUUGAAGCUAAAAUAUCCUGCGAGCAGUUAGUGAACGUGCUGGUCUGUCGCACCUGAGGGGACGUGUUGUCAACCUGUCUGGCUCAAGACAAAGGACCUGUCCGACAGCUGAGCAGGAUUGCGCAACGACCGGGAUCUGAAGAGCCUGAUGGCAGAAGUCGUAUUCAGAUCAGCCUUGACCUUAUGGUCAGUAUUUGCGACCCUCUUGCUGCUUUCUGUUGAGGUAAAAAGUCAAGUCUUCGAUACCCUUGACCUGGCCAGUCCUUUCGGCACCUUUCCUGCCCCCGACAGGACCUCGGUGCCUACGAGCUGUCCGAGCGAAGUGGACAUCGCAGGGGGCUACAACAUGGAAGUAGACCUUCAGACGGGCAAAGUAACCAAUGGCGACAGUCAUAUUAAAGUUAUGGAAGAAGUCAAUAUGAUUUCGGAAAACUGUGACCUUCCAAUCGUGUUAAACAUCACGUUUGACCCCUUUGAUAACACAAACAUCAACAUGACCCAUAAACGGCUGCUGGUGGAUCUGUGGUUCGCCGAGACACAGGGCUGGUUGUUUCACAUCGGAGAUUCUCAGUCCAACGAUGGCAACAUGGGUGACGCCGGCCACCAGGUUCACAAUGCUGAGCUUCACGGUCACAACACUCUCUUCACCAUCUACGGAAGCAACGACGACAAAGGACGGGAAUCAGGGAUCAUCUUCGAGAAGAAUCAACUUUUAUACAAAGCGACUGACGCUCAUCGUGGAAAACGAGCAAGUUGUCUGGAACAACUACGCAGGAUACUUUGGCCUGGCACGCAGUCCCCGCUUGUUUGCUCUCAACGGACAGCCGGACAAAAAGAAAGGCGGUGUCAACUUUAAUAUCUACAUGGGGCUCAACAGACUGGUGGGUGCACCCCACGCACAAGGCAUGGGGCUGUGCCGGGCAGCCUUUAGAUGGCUUCCCUCUCAAACGUGACUGCUUUGAUCCCAUGGAUUGCUGUAGUAGUGUCUUUUCCCCUGCAGACGGUGGGAUGCCUUCAUCGUCUGUAGAUGCCUGUUUCCUUUCAGACCGUGGAAUCUGUCAUUAGUAAUUUCCGUCUCCCUGUGGAGUCCAUUGACACUGGCAGACUUUGUUCCCUUUCAGACAGUGGACUUCAAAGGGGUUACAUGGACCUGUAUUUCAAGUUUAAUCUUCAGCAGAUGUGAAAACUCGACAAGCAAUAAGUCAUCAUCAGGCGUGCAAUACAGAAGAAAAAAUAACGAGAACAAGGUCUUUUUGUGGACUCUGAAAGUCAGCUAACAUUAAUGAUGUGAACACCUGAACAGAUCUGAAUAAAGGAAACCGGGCAUCUAACGUAUCUAGUAUGACAAGUGAAUUUUCCUCUCACUAGGACUUUCCCAGUUUUUGUCAUGGAACCAAAUGAAGGAUAGCACCGCGUAAUUCUGUGCACUUGUUCCACGCUUUUCUUUUGAGUGAUCACCUUUACAUGAAAACUCUUCUCAUUGGUCUAGACAGCUUUGUCUUGCCCAUCGCUUCAGUCUAAGCACUUAAUGUUUGAGCACACAAAACUUUCUAGAAACAAGUUUUGCGAUAAGUCUGUGCAUGUACGUUUUAUUUGACCUAUGUUGGGCAUAUCAGCCAUUACUUACAUUGGCACAAAAAUGAACGUCAAUAAAAAUUGGGGUUUGUUGCAUCCCAUGCCCAGCAAUCUUUACAGCUAAAACCCUUGUUUUGCGUAUGGUUGAAUGAUCAAAUAAAAACAUGCAUGCACUUAAAA